GUGCGCUAACCAAUUGCGCCACUGGAGCUAUGGUAUCGGGGUCCAAAAACCGGCUCUGUAGUUGCGCCACCACUAAAGUCAAACGAUGUUCUUUUUUGUGAUUAUUCAAACGUCAAAUCAGUCGAUCACAUACUUUUCGUGGCACUUGUUCGAGUUGAAAAUUACAGUGUUAUUAAAAAUAGUUUAAUAGAAAAGUCUUACCUUGUAUUCGCGUGUGAUAAAUAAAGUGAAAUAGUUUGACAAUUGCAAAAUUCCGUCGAGAAAUACAUAAACAAAAUGGAAACGUCAUCUGGUUUGUUGUGAUUAGUUGAAGUGUAUUUCCAUGGAUAAUCUCAUAACAAUCACAUUAUUCUGUCUUCUGCAAGGGUGAUACGUUACUCAGUGUUUUGAUUGAACUGUGAUACGUGCUGUGUUGUGUCUAAUGCGACGACAAAAUGAAUUGGUUCGACACGUCAGGCCUCACGAGCCUCGCUAAGAACGCGCUGAAGGAAGCGCAGAAAACUAUAGACAAGGCUCUCGACAUCCAAGACGAGAGUGGGGAGGAGCAGGAACCCGAGUCUCCGCCGCAGAGCAGCGCCAAGUCCUCGCCAGGACACGCUAGUACUGCAACAAAGGACAACACUGACUUCUUUUCAUCUUGGGGUCUGACGGUCAGUGCGGAGAGUGGACAGGAUGGACCCAUCAAGGAACAACCUGUGGUCACCGAGAGCCCCUCGAAGGCGAACACGCAAAGCUUGUGGGGCUCUUUUGCUGGAUCCUUCUUUGAGCAAGACAAAAAAACAGAUGAUGACCCCACUAUAGUGAGGCCACCCAAAGCUAAGUCAAUGAAUGUUAUAUCUGACACUAAGUAUGACAGUCAAGAUGAUUUGUUUUCUAAAAGUCAACUUAUAAUGUCUGACAGUGAGGCACUGGACAACAGAAUUGCAAAAUCUUUAAAGGAUGAAAGUCCUAAAGUGGAGGAUGGCAGGCGGGACUCUGCCAAGUCAACAAGGUUAUCAUUAGUGUCAAGUUUAAAUAGUUCUGAGUCUGUUGAAGUCCUGUCUCAAAGUUUGAAGACCACACCAGACUCAGAGGUGUCAGUGCAUUCCAUUUCGCACAGCAGUAGCCCUGGUCAGAAACAGAACUCUGAGUCUGUGGAGAUAUUACCCGAUAGUCUUGUGAGCCCCAGCUCUAUAGAGUGCCUUGGUUUUGAUAGUUAUUCUAGUAGUAAAAAUAGCAGUUCAUCUUCAUUGUGUUUGUCACCUGGAGAUGGUAGUGACCAAAAACCUACUCCAGUGGGUGAAAAGACUGAAAAAGCUGAGACUGCAGACAGUGUUAGUUUAGUUGCAGAUGAUGAUGAAGACACUAUGUCUUAUAACUCUAUAUCUGAGUGUACAGCACCCACUGUGCUGGACACCGAUGACAAGGCUGUGAGCCCUUUCCCUAAGCUAGUCAAACCAGAAACUACAAGAAAAGUUAUUGACAAAGAGUUCAUUCAUUUAGAGCAGGCCAUCUUGCCGCAGAGGAUGCAGGUCAGUGAGAACUCUUCAAAUGAUGGCUCAUGGUCAGAUCGGACCCUGAAUGCUGACAAUGACAGUAUUAUCCUAGAUGUGGCUACUGAGGAACAGAAGAAAGAUCAGGAAGACAUAUUAAUAGACAAGUUAAGUGAUUCCUCGUCAUUUUACAACGUCAAUGUUUCUAAUGAAAUGCUGAGGUCAGAGAGUUCUGCCUUUGUUAAUAUAGAGAAACAGCAGUGUAAUGAGUCAAGUAGCAGCUCAUCUCAAAAGGAUGGCAGUGUUAAGGAGAGGACAUCUCCUAUAAGUUCAGACAGUAAGAGUGACUUAGUUAAAAUUGGUUCAGACCGGACUUCAGGCCAUACAUCUGGAGAUGAGCUAGAGACAGCCACGUCGUCUGAUAUAGAAAUAAUACCCAGUCCAAAUGGUGAGGGUCAUGGGUUCAGAAACAGUCCUGCUAAAUAUGCUUUUAAACAGUCGAAGUUUGAUGGCACUACAUCACCAAACUUAGUUGACUUAGUGUUAGGGAAGUCUUUAGCUACAAAGAUUCGAGGUCACAACCGGGAGCUGUCGGAGGCAUCAGUACAGAGUAACACAAGUGAUGAGAGUCAGGGCUCAGAGAAUGAGAGGUUGAUGCGGAGGCUGUGUGAGAUGGCUGAGCUUCUUGAAGCAAGGGAGAACAGGCUGCUGGAGAUGAGCAGGAGUAAUGCAGACCUGGCAGAGAGUAAUGCUGACUUGAAGGGUCAGGUGGAGUCAUUGAUGGCCAAGCAUGAGGGUGGAGACAUUAAUACCAUCACUGAGGAUUAUACUCAAAGGAUGUCAGCAUUGGAAAAGAAGUUUCAACAGGCGAUCAGAGAAAAGGAUCAGCUUCGAAAGCAGUUAGACUCAUUAAAAGCAGAAUCGUCUUCGCGGAAGAAUUCGUCAGAGCUGGAGAACAGCCUGAAGGAGAAGGACGAGGUGAUCGCGCAGCUGCAGGAGGAGGGCGAGAAGCUGGCGCGCCAGCAGCUGCAGCACUCCAACAUCAUCAAGAAGCUCCGGGCCAAGGACAAGGACAACGAACAAGUCAUCAAGGGGCUCAGGGACAAAAUAGCAGAACAGACGACGGAGCUGGACCGGCUGAAGCGCUCGAUAGCUGCCAAGGAGGAGUUGGAGGUGAACCAGAUCGAGGCGGUGUACAGACUCACCACGGCCAACAAGAAACUCGAGACGGAACUUAUAGAAACAAAAAGUCUUCUGGAUGACACAACCCACAAGCUGGAGGGCAGCCGCGCGUCACUAGAGGGCGCGCGGCGCGAGCUCAACGAGUUGCAGCGGAGCAGCGCCGAGCUGGCGCGGAGGGCGGCCGGACACCAGCAGGCGCAGGACCAGCAGCGGGCGGCUGAUGAGGAGCUGGCGAGGCUGCGGGCUGAGCUGCAGCAGCUCAGGGCCGACAUGGUCAAUGAGGAGAAGAAAUGGGUGUCCCGCUACGAGUCGGUCCGCGCGGAGCUGCAGGAGUCGCGCGAGGCGCUGGCGGCGCAGGAGGGCGCGCGCGCGCCCGCCGACACCGCCGCCGUGCUGCGCCAGCUCGCGCAGCUGCAGCACGCCGCGCUGCGCAGCGCGACUGCGCACAGCCACGCGCUGCGACAGAAGGACCUAGCGCUCGCGGAGGUAGAGCGGUCUCUGGCUAUAGCAGUGGAACGCGAGCAGAUCUCUCGCGAGGAGUGCGUGGCGCUGCAGCAGCGGCUGGCCGACGUGGACCAGCAGCUCAGCAGCGUCCGGGACCAGCUGCAGAGGCUCUCCGGGACCGAGGAACAGCAUCUGCAGGCGAUCAGGAGACUAGAGGGAGACCUGGCUAGCAAGACAUCGGAGUUAGAGUCGAUGUGCGCGGAACACGCGGCGCAGCUGUCGUCGCUGCGGACUGCGCACGCGCAGCUCGAGGCUCAACUGGCAGACGAGAAAAACGCGCUCGACACCGAGAAGAAGAGAAACGCUAUACUACAGGAGCAAGUGUCAGUGCGGUGCGAGCGUGGUGACGUGUCGCCCUCUCAGUCCGUCAUCUCAGAUUCUCUGUCCGCCUCGCUCUGGCAUUCCGAGGAGGGCCGCACCACCCCCACGGGGUCCGCUCUGUGCGUAGAGGACACGCUGGCGCAGCUGACGCGGCGUGACGGAGAACUGCGGGCCCUGGCCCUGCAGCGGGACAGCCUGCUGGCCGAGCGGGACACGCUGCGCCAGCACCGAGCGCGCCUGCAGGCCGCACUCGACGACCACCAGACUCUACAAGAGCAGUACGACGCACUGUUACAAAUGUACGGCGAGAAGGAGGAGCAGAUGGCGGAGCUGCGGCUGGACCUGCAGGACGUGACGCAGCUGUACAAGGCGCAGCUGGACGAGCUCAUCGCGCUCAAGCAGGCCGCGCAGCGAUAGCACAGCCGCUCUGCAGCUGUACAGCAAGCGGCUGAUGCGGCUACAGCCAAAUGUUAAAAGAGGUAGCUAGGUUCCGAAUGGUUACACAACA